AACAAAAAUAUUUUGAGAAUGUUUUUUCAUAUAUUUAUGUGGCUCUUUUAUUUAUCGGAAGUUGAUUCAGACAAUUGUUCAUUUAAUGUUCAUUAUAUCACAAAAGAGAGCUUAUUUCCAACUGAAUGCUCUCAAAUUAUUGGAAGAUUUCGUAUCGAUCAAAAUUCUGAAAUGAAAAGUGAACAAUUGAUCACUUUAUUCAAAAAUGUUCUUCAAAUUCGAGGAGUUCUACAAAUAUGGAAUACUCAAUUAACUUCAGCGCCUUUCAUGAAAAAUAUUCAGAAUAUAACUGGAGAUCCAUUGGAUAAAGGAUUAUCUAUUUUGAACAAUACAAAAUUAAAUAAUCUGAAUAUAUCAUCACUAUCAAAUUCAAAUAACAUAGUCGAAAUCAAAAAUAAUCCAAAUUUAAACUUACAAAAGAUGUGUUCUAUUAUUCAUGAAGUAUUUUUCACUCGGCGUUCAAUUUCCAAAAACUUAUUUGAUUGUGGCUGUGAAAUUCAUGGGAAUUUCCAAUGGCCCCAAGUCAAAAAUUUUCCUGAAAACUGCAUUGUUUUGUAUGGAAAUAUUAUAAUUGAUGGUAAUGCUCCACCGGUUGAAGUUUUAUAUAGAUUAUCAACAGUCAACAAAUUAUAUGGUUUUAUUCAAAUUAAAUCAAGUAAUCUAGAAACGUUGGGUUUCUUACAGAAUUUGGAUGAAAUUGAAUCAGGAAUCGAAGCUGAUUACACAAUAAAUAUUGAUAGUAACAACUAUCUGAGUCGUUUGGAUCUUAUAAAACUGAAAACAAUCAAAAGUAAGAAUUCAAAUUCCGAUAUUUCAUUAUUCCAAAACACGAAACUUUGCUUGGAUCCGGAAUUUCUUCAGACGAUUGCACAAUCUUCGUUAAGAAAGUUGGAAGGAUAUCAGAGUAUGUCAUUUUGUGGAAUGGAUAAAAUUAACAAUCCGCUGACUUAUUGCACUGGAAAAUUAACCGCCGUUCCUGAUCGAUGUACCCGGUAUAUUGGAAAUAUUUUGUUUGAAAACUAUAUGACCUCCGAUUAUGAAGAUAUUACAAAUUAUACGAAAAUAUCACAAGUAGAUAUGAAAAGAGUGCAACAAUUUGAAGUUAUAUUUGGAACAAUUUAUAUCCAAGGAACUACACUAAAAUCGUUCACAUUGCCCAACCUUCAAGAAAUUUAUCAAGUUGAAGAUAUUGUGAAUAAAGGAUCAAGACAACUGGGACCUAGAACUGUUAUAGAAUUCAGAAGAAACGAUUUUUUAAAAGAUAUUUCAUUCCCAAAUCUCAAAAUUGCAUAUUCUCUAAUCACAUUCAAUUUCAAUGGAAAUUUGACAAUGGAUGAUGAUUUUUGUAGAAAAAUGUCAAAUGGAGUGAAACGAGUAACAGUUGGACUUGAUGUUGACUACGAUUGUAGACCAUAUUUGGUUGAUGUCACUACAACAACCAACACAUCUACUUGAAAAAAGUGGAGUACAGCCAGUUACGAUUCUGUCAGAAUGCACUUUUAAUACACUUAAAUUACAAAAAAUUAUCAUAGAACAAUGUGAUACAUUUUUGAACGUUUUCUGUCAAAAUUUUGAUAAAUGGCC